GCAACGGACGAUGCCAAAGUGUUCGUCUAUUCUGUUUAUGUUUAUUACAUGUUCAAGUGAAUAGUAACGUUUUUAAUUUGAUGAACGAUAUUUGAGUGAUUUAGCAAAUAUUUAUAAUGAUUGAGUUCCCUUUGGGGUAUCGGGAGGUAAUACCUGAUCAAACGCAGCCAGAGAAAUGGAAGGAGAUCACUCUCGAUACCGGUGGAAGUCAGAGUACCCUCCAAGACAUUAAAGUCCCGGAGCGCGCAGGUGGCUACUCCUACAAAGACUCCUACAAGUACCACACUCGUAAUCGCUUCAUCUACUGGAGAAUCUCUCACGACAUCCUUGAGCUAAUCGAGCACUCCUUGGACAUCAAUCUGGUGGGCUGCAAGGUUCGCUACAAGUUCACGGACACACCUAUAUUAGACGGCAUCACGAUUCACGAGACGAUCAACUCAGUCAUCAUCCUGAUAGCGACAGUCUCCAGUGUGCACAAGUUAACCUUCCCUCACCCGGACAAAAUCCACAAGCAGGACCAUCUGCUCGGCUCCCACCCCAAACUUUCAAUUCAGUCAAUUCUGGGAGAAGCAUCUACCCAAAAUGCUCGAGAUCCUCACUCAUUUCACAUAAUCUCUACUCCAGGCACCACAAAUACACCAGUAUCUCAUGCAGCCGCUUCUUGGCUCUUACUCCCCCACGAAGAAGCAGUAUUCGCUCUCGCCUACUCCUCAGGAAGUAUUCUAGUCCUACGACUAGAUUCAAUAACAGGAUUAGUCCACACAAGUGAAUUAAAACAAGACUCAAUCGUGCCUCGAUUCCUUUCUGGUAUCGCAACGGCUUUCAGGGGCAAAGGUACUGAAGGACAAGUUGCUAUGUCUCUUGUUAUCCACAAUUUUGGUAAUGAUACGUACCUUUUUGCACUCUGUCGCGAAGGGAACGUGAGAAUGUGGUCGUGCAACAAGAACCAAUGUGUUGCUGUCGCUGAUGUUGCCAUUGACAAUCGUUUAGCUUCUCAGGGAACUCAUGGACAUAUGUUAAGGAAGGUCCUGGGGAAUGAUAGUGACCUGUAUUUAGGGACGUAUUUGAAGUUUAUUAAUGGAUGUGAGUUCAGUAUUUUGAAGCCAGUGGAGGAUGCCGGGCUAUUCAAGUUCAUUAGGGUGUGCACGCUGUUUGCUCCUGAUCAACAUUUAGUGGAUUUUGAGUUCACGACAACGAGAUUAUGGGCGGUUUGGAGAAUCACUGAGGUGGAUAAGGUCGCAGUUACUCAUGCUCAACUGCCUUUGAAUGGAGCACAGGUGAAUUCUGAAUGGGAAACAGCAGUGCUGGAGCAGCUCCCCGACCGCGACUACAUUCUCACGGAUACAGGUACAGAUCCCCGUCAAUCCUAUAUAAACUACAUCUUCCACCCCGGCCAAUUCUCCCUCGCUGAUAUCACGCGAGCCCUGAGCAUCUACCGUAGAUCGAAUCUUCUCUCCGAUGUCACUCUCUCCCCAGCAGUUCUCAAAGAACGAGUGUGUAUGGCGGUGGAGGCUGAGAUUCAGUCGGAAGUUAUGGACUACGAGAUGACAGAUGAAGACUAUCUGGAAAUCGCCAACAGGUGCUGGUGGAAGUUCUAUUCUUGUGUGAUUCAAUACCAUAUAAAUGGCAGUAGACCCAUCGGCCUACUUCUCCUCCCCUCAGUCUAUGGAGCUGCAUUAUUGAAGAAAGCGUCUUUCUCCUUAUUGAGACCAAUGGAAGCUCUGGAGCACCUGAUGUUGUCCAACGAGAAAUGCUAUGCCGCGAGAUUCAAGACAACUCCGAUUCUUUCUGAUGAUGAAGAUACAUGUCAAGAUCUUAUUGCGUUGAUGAGUGCUCUGGUAAUGCUUGAGGAACAACUGUCAGAAGAAAUUAAAACUGGAAUUGAAAAGGAUUUGUAUCAUUUGAAGAGUCCAGACAUUGUUAUUGAGGAUUUAUUUUCAAGGUUGUCGUUGGAACCUGAUGAUCCUCUCUCAGAUUUUGACUUUCAAAUGGAACUGCAUCAUAAACUGCAGAAUGUGAAGGACCCAUCAGCUGCAAUGGCGAUGUUGCUGGAGGCUUUGACGUACGAUCUUGGACAACCUGAUAAAAUGAAACUAGAUAAUGAGCCUGAAGCAUCGAGAUUAAUGCUAAACCUUGGACAUUUGUUUUCGAGUCAAUUGGGUAUUUCCACGAUUGCUGAGAGUGUGGCCCAGAUUGCAUUAGUGAGGUUUUCGAUCUGCAGGGAUCUAUUAAUUCUACAAAGAAUUGUUCUGAGCAGGUCUGAGGCUUUCGACUCCAGAAUGUUACAUUCAAUCAAAUCAUCUCUGGCACCACGAACUGUGGUGUUAACGCAAGCGUAUUAUGUGGUCACAUGGAUCAGUGAGAGCACGGCAUCUCCGACACCCCCACAAGCACUGCUGGAGACCAGUGUGCAGCGGCUAGGGGUGUUGAGGCUGACAGAUACGAGGAGGAAUAUGAGUAGGCAACAGCGAACCAUGAGUUUGCUGGAGUUGUUCGUGCAGAGCGGAGGAGCAAAACAUGCACACACCUUGAUGGCCAACACCCUCGACCUUUCUCCCACGUCUGUCGUCCCUUGGCACUUUAGCCUCCUUACUCAAGUAACCCUCGUCGCCCAACUUGUCUGGCCUAUUUCCGGCAACUUCGUUUUUCCAGAAUGGCUUCUCUCCUCUUGUCAAUUCCUCCUGGUUCAAGCUUAUGUCCGGCUGCUCUCAACCUGGUGCGAAUGGAAUUCUGCCUCUCGUCGCUUCAUUCUCGCCAUCGCUCUACUGGAAAUGGGCGAGCCACUCAAAGCCUGCGACCACAUCCUCAGGGCCUCGAGUGGUAUCCUUACCGAUAAUUUCCUUGUCUCCACCAUACUAGACUCACCAAUGCCCACAGAGUCUCAGGCUCUUGUCUGCUAUUAUUUGAAAGCCAUAGAACUCUUCUCCCAACAUAACGCUGCAGACUGCAUAAUUGAAUUGGCAGAGACUGCUAUCAUAGUAGCUGAUAAAGAAGAUCAGAACCUUCCAACUCUUCAUUCUAUUAUCUUUACUCAACAUUUGAACCUUGGACAUCAUAGAGAGGCUUAUCACUGCCUCAACUCGAACCCAGAUGCUGCAAGACGGAGUGAUUGCCUUCGCCAACUUGUCGUGACUCUCUUUGAAAGGAAAAAACUCAUCGAUCUUGUCUCGUUUCCUUAUGUAGACAUGUACGAAGACCUUGAGAGGAUUGUAAUGGGACGGGCUAGAAGUGUGGACUUGAUGGAGAACAAUUACUACAACUUUUUGUACAGUUUUCAUAUCAAUAAGGGGAACAUGAGGAAAGCAGCCUCUGUGAUGUACGAGCAGGCGAUGCGACUAGGUCAGGAGUCUCACUCGGUUGAAAUUAUCUCUAAGCAAGCUCAAUGCCUGCUGGCUUGUAUUAAUGCCCUCAGUCUUGUUAGUGAGAAGUAUCGGUGGAUUGUGAGACCUGUGGUGGAGCAGAGUUAUCCGAAGGAAGUCAAUCCGAAGAAGAAGAGAAGUGUUGAUGGGAGAGAAGUGCUGCAUUACAAGGUGAAAAAAUUUGUGGAAGUACUGGAAAUCAAGGACAUCAAGAAAGAAUACUGGUUAGUCGAUGCUAGAUUGGAGCUAUCAAAGAUGAAUUCAGAGAUACACACAGUGGCACGAGCGGAACCUUCAGAACUCAUCGCAGUUCUAGCUAAUAUUGGUUUAUAUAUAACAGCUCUCCACCUCUGCAAAGAGUUCAGGAUUUCCAAGUCACCAGUACUGGAGACACUGACUUCACAAUGUCUAAGAUUAAGUCAGAAUGAGGAUAAUGAUGCCUGGGAUUGGUUAAUUCAGAACGAUGUAUAUGAUAUCGUUGGCUGUGGGAGUAAUGUUGCUGAUGUCUCUUGGAGACUUUUGGAAAGAUUGACGUUGGAUCAUGAAGAGGGGGAGAGCAGUGAAUUGCAUAAAGCGGUAGCGAAAAAACUUUUGCAUUUAGGCGCAUUUAUACCGCAGUGGCUGAUGGGGUCAUACAAAAAGAGGAAUGCCGCUGAACUAUUGAGGAUUAUCGUUGGGAGUGGGAGAUUGCUAGAGGCUUGUGAUCUUGCUGUAGAUUAUAUCAAUGCUGUCCUUGGAGAGGGUAUGGAGUACUUUGGAUUAAAGCAGCCAAUCGUGGCCACAGGUGCCCCUGUCUGGCUACCACUGAAUACCAUUGAGCUGCUUUUAAUGGAACUUGAGCAUGCAAAGAGGGAAGACAACGUUUAUGUUGAGAGCUAUGGACGGCUCAAGAAAACACUUGAUCAGUAUGUUCAAACAAUGGUGAGGGUUUCUGAAGACAUGGUGCGAUUCAAAGUUAGUAAAUUAGAAAUUAAACACAAGGACACUUGACUGCCGUAAUUGGUCCAGAAUUCCGCAAAAAAAACUUGAGAAUUUAAUAAAUUAAAUUUGUUUGUUUUUUUCCUUUUUGUACACUUGUAAAGCUAAACAUGUUAUCCAUACAAGAACAAAGAACCUUUUUUAUAAAUAAAUAAAUAAUAAAUAAUCUGAAACAAAA